AUGAGGGCUUUUUAUCUUGAAUCAUAUAGGCAGAAUUUCUAUUCCGAUUUCGAAUAUGGAGAACAGCCUGAUGACGAAACUGAAAUUGAAGAAGAAGAGGAAGAAGUGGCUGAAGAACAGCUUCUAACCGAAUGGCUAGAUUAUCGACUAAAUGACAGACGUGUGCAACACCAAGACAACUUUGUAGGACCUACGGAAGAUCAAAUGUCAAAGUUGUUGUAUUCCAAGAUCAAGACUGAUGAUGGGAAAGGUGGAUUGGUUGAUACUGUGGACGAACCAUGUUAUUGUUCAGUAGAAACUUGCAUCUACAAAACCAUUCAGAAAGACGAAGUGAGCCUUUAUCAUGAGACUGCAGUCUACCAUCUACUCUGGCAUCCAAAGAAGAAUACCUCAGAUCUUGAGGUCUUAACCUGUGAGGCAAUGACAAAUAUGACGGCGGACAAACGGAAAACAUUCUCUAGAGUGAUUUUCAACAUUCCUGACCAUGAGGGACAAGUUUCAGAAGAAGGGGGGUAUGGACUCAUCAAUGCUUCUUUCUGUCUUGAUAAUCAAUAUCCUGAUCAAGAUGAAGUGCAAAAUUGUAUUGAUGUAUAUGAUGAAAGAGAGGAUCCUUCAACAUAUGAGUGGAAACCAAUGGAAGAAAGAGUCGACAACGUAGUUAAGACGUCAAAGAAGUCACGCAAUCGAACGUUCAAAACUUCUGAUAAUCAAUUAGGAACUAUUCAACGUCGAAACCAACAACUCCGAUGUGGGAACUCAUCUUGCAAGUUUGGUUAUAUUGCUUCGGGUGAAACAAGCUUGUAUUGUAAAACAAGAGGGAAAAAAAGCCUACUUCUCACCUUCGAAUCCUCACUCCGUGUUCCCCUUCAGAUCAUCUGCGUUCUCACUUUUCAUCUACGAUAUGAUACACAACACGAUUCAGUCUCCGCCCCUCAGCGAUCACGUCACUACAUAGUAGUUACUCGUAAUCGUAUGGUCAAGAUCAAGUUGCUAGCAGCUCUUCCCCCUUGA